AUGGUAUUCGUCGAAAUCGAGUCUGCGGCUCCUCUCAUUCUCUCUUCCUCAACUACCUCUUCAUCUAUCAAGCAGAUGCCUGGUACCGCUUUUGUCGCUCCAGUAGCUGCAGGUCACUCAUACUAUGAUGGAUCUGAAAAAGCUACUUCAAAGGCAUUGAUCAGCAAUGCUCUAGCCCGCCGCAUUAGCAGCAUCAAUAUUGAUAACUGUGAAGCUGGUGGGGAGGAUGCCUUUUUCGUUGCUGAUCUUGGAGAGGUCUACCGCCAACACCUCAGGUGGAAAUUGAAUCUUCCUCGCAUUGAGCCAUUCUAUGCCGUGAAAUGCAACCCUGACCCUCAGGUCCUCCGUCUCCUUGCCAAUCUUGGCUGUGGAUUUGAUUGUGCUUCCAAGAAGGAGAUCGAGUCCGUUCUUUCAAUGGAUAUCUCGCCAUCCCGCAUAAUCUAUGCGCACCCUUGCAAGACAGCAUCUUUCAUUCGUUAUGCUGCUUCCGAAGGUGUUGAGCACAUGACCUUUGACAAUGCCGAGGAAUUGUAUAAGUGUCAGCGCUACUUUCCUUCCGCUCGCCUUCUCCUCCGUAUUGCCACCGAUGACUCUAAGGCUCUCUGCCGUCUCAGUGUCAAAUAUGGUGCCCCACUUGACUCCACCGCCUCUCUCCUUGCCCUCGCCAAGGACCUAGGCCUUAACGUCGUCGGAGUCAGCUUCCAUGUUGGCUCUGGAACCUAUGAUCCAACUGCCUAUAUCAGUGCUGUCGAAGACGCUCGUCAUGUGUUCGACGAAGGCGCUGAUCUCGGAUUCGAUAUGAAGCUCUUGGAUGUUGGUGGCGGAUACGGCCACAAAAACUUCGAAGCUAUUGCUUCUGUCCUCGGACCAGCCGUCGACCAAUAUUUCCCCAGCAAUGUCAGGGUUAUUGCUGAGCCAGGAAGGUACUAUGUCGCCUCGGCGUUCACAGUCGCCGCACAUGUCAUCGCUCGUCGUACCGUUGUUGACCCUCUUACCGGCGAGAGUUCUUUCAUGUUGUAUUUGAACGAUGGAGUAUACGGAAACUUCUCCGGUGUGAUGUUUGAUCACCAAACACCUAUUCCAAAGGUUUUGACCAAUCGUGAUGGGUUUUGGUAUGGAAAGAAGAGGGAGGAUGGAGAAAGAGUCGUGAAAUAUUCGAUUUGGGGACCGACCUGUGAUGGGUUGGAUUGUAUCUCUUCCGAGAGUUACCUGCCCGAAGUCGUUGAAGUCGGAGAUUGGUUGUAUUUCUCAGAGAUGGGAGCUUAUUCCAAGUGCUCAGCGACAAAGUUCAACGGCUUCUCUGACGACCAUGAAAUUAUCUACGUCUCCAGCGAGCCAGGAGCGGCGGCCCUUCUUCAAGGAUAG